AUGAGACCUUCGCUCCGCUUAUUCCAAGCGUCUGCCUUAAACCCAACAAAGGGGUUAACAACUGGGCCGUUGGCCCUCCUCCCGCCAAUAUACCUCUACCGUCGCUUAUUGCGAGCGCAUAGGAAGCAUUUGCCUUCUGAGAUGCGUUUAUUAGGGGAUGAGUAUGUCAAGGCGGAAUUUCGGGCCCAUCGUGAUGUUGAGAAUCCCGUGCAUCUGAUCGGGUUUCUCACCGAGUGGCAGCUGUAUGCGCAGAAGAUCGAGGGCGACUCGUGGGCCGGUGAGAAGCUAGAUCAGGGCAAGGUUGCAAAGAUGAGCGACGAACAGUUAGGCCAACUUUACGAACUUAUGAAGGCGAUACAGAAGCGAGGGACACAAGGGUAUGACUCAUAG